UUCAGCAGGGCCUGCUGUCUCUCGCACAUUUAGUACUUUACUGUUUAUUCAUAUGUACUGACUGACCCUGCUAAACAAAUUAACAAGCUAAACAUAACAGCCGAGGCCAGGAGGAAUUAUAAACAAAGUAAUUGUAAUAAUCAUUAUUAACUUGUGCAACUCGUUUGACUAAAUUAUCAAUUAUUUUGACAUUAAGAAGAUAAACGACUAAACAAAAUACUUGCAUGCCUAUGUAAAGCUAAUUUCUGUAAAUGUGCGGCUUCAACCACAUCCGUGCUUGCAGUUUAUCUGACAACUAUUGUGCUUUUCAAAUGAAAGUCUGCAGCUUUACAUCCGGUGCUGCUGUCGCUCUCCAGCUGGGUUUGACGCAGCUCGGUGGAGUCGCAGCUCCGCUCCAGCUGUUCUCGCCGCUGCUUCGCCUCGCUGCCUCUGCUCCGAUGCUGCCUGCCUUCGUUUCAAAUGUCACGGCGACCAUGACAGGCAUCGCGGCCGUUUCCUUCUUCUCCAACACUUGCAGGUUCGCCGGCUGCGGGCUCCACUUUGACUCCCUGACCGAGCUCAUCGUGCACAUCGAGGAUAACCACAUCGAAACAGACCCCUGUUUCUUGGAGAAGCAGGAACAGCAGCAGCCGACAUAUAUUGCUCUCAGCUACAUCAAUAGCUUUGUGAUCCACAAUGCCAGGUUCAUGACAGACGCUGCGAGGCGAGAACACGAGGCCCUGAAGAAAAAGGUGCAGCCUAAGCUCUCUCUGACGGCCACGUUGUCACGCACCAACGUCUCCACACCACCCCGUCACACCAGUGGAAACCUCACCCCUCCUGUCACCCCACCGAUCACCCCUUCCUCUUCCUUCCGCAGCAGUACACCAACAGGUAGUGAGUGUGACGAUGAGGAUGUAGAGUUUGAGGCGUCUGACAGUGACGAGUCGUGGACCACAGAGAGCGCCAUCAGCUCUGAGUCUAUCUUAAGCUCCAUGUGCAUGAACGGAGGAGAUGAGAAGCCUUUCGCCUGUCCUGUUCCCGGCUGUAAGAAAAGAUACAAGAACGUGAACGGCAUCAAGUAUCAUGCCAAGAACGGACACCGGACCCAGAUCAGGGUGCGCAAACCUUUUAAAUGCCGCUGCGGGAAGAGUUACAAGACAUCUCAGGGUCUCCGGCACCACACCAUCAACUUUCAUCCACCCAUCUCUACUGACAGCUUCCGUAAGAAGCAGCUGUAGAGGUGGAGUCAAUGACCAGCACUUUCCCUCGGGCCAUAUAAACAUCCAUCUAAAGUUCACAUCACCAGCAGCUCCGCUUGCUGCCUCCAGUUUCAUUUUCCCUUCUUUUCACUUUGCUAUAACACUAGACUAUGUUUUAUUUGCACAGUAUAUAUGUAAUAUUCAACCUUUAUCCCCAUGCAAAUUGCCAUAUUUAUGUCAUUCACAUUUUGUAUUUUUGCACAUUUCAGAUAUUUUCUAUCCCACCUUUGUUCCCUUGACUUAUGGUGCUUGUUGAUCAUGUAGACUUGAGAAGUAGCCAGGAGAUGAUUAGUUUUACAAAUGCAUUGUCCUUUAUAUACUGAAUACAUGGACAGAUUCCUGUGUUUUCUGUUGAAAGGAAACACCAUUACUCACUCUGUCGUAGCCUUUGAGCUUCAAAUGGGAAAGAUGCAAAUGAAGAAACUGAAUGUAGCCUGACUGGGAAAAAUGAGUCGUUUGUCUUAAACACAGUUACUUUUCCAUUCAUAGGACAUGCAUAACAUCUCUUUUGUGGGAACACCAAAGGAUAAUCUCAGGUGAUUUUUCUGCAAGCAUUUCAGCUUCGCUUUUGCCUGAUCGUUUUAAAUGAGUCCAUGCUGCUCAGAGGGAUCAUGAGAACAUUUUUUGAGUAGCAGUUCUUCGUGUCUUGGGUAACUUUCUUUAAGACUAAGCAGCUGACCUUCCUAAUUUCACAGUAAGGUAUUGAAGCACUUUUAAAAAAAACGAGUAAACAAGUCCAAUUCUUCAGGCCUCAGUAUUGUGACAUUUCUGAAUGUAUAGCAGUUGCCUUGAAUCGUAUCCCAUUCCAAAAACACCCAAACAGCAUGUCUAUGAAUGUCUUCAGUUUGAGAGUCACUGAGCAGUUUAGCUUUAUGCCCAACCACUUCUGUUUAGUUUUCACUGCCUGAGUGAAAGCAGUUUCUUCCACUGUUUAAUAGGAAGAAACAGUGAAAUGGCUCUGUGGCUGUGCAUUCAGCUCCUAUUUUGUGCCAUAAUAAGUAUGAAGUAUUUCAGAACAAUCUGCCAAAGUACCAACAAUAGCAGUCAGCUGCAAAAACAAAGGAAUUAAAUAGACACUGAUGUUAUCUACCUUUAGGAUUGUUAUGGUUUAUUUUACCAGAUCUUUUUUUUUUAUUUUUUUUUUUUGUAAGAGCACAAUGAUGCAAAAACUGACAUCAUACUGUGACUAUUAAAAACCGGGGCCUGCAAAAUAAUUUUCUCAUGCAUGCAGGUCCAGUCCAUGUCUCUCAGCAAGUUGCAACUCAACCGCAUAAAUCUGGCUGGGUAUUCAAUCACUACUCUUGCAGAUUUUCUUGAGUUCAUUUAAAUUUGUCGGUUUCCAGGCAUGAAGUCGAAGUUACAGUCGAGUUGAGGUCGAAGGCCAAAAAGCUUAAUUUUAGUUUACUUCUCUGUUAUAUUUUUCCCCUCUAAUAGCACUUGGGUGUUCGCCUAUUAAAUGCCUGCAAAAUUUGUUUCUCUUUAGCAUUUUCUUUGGUACACAACUAAAUAAACUGGAGCAUUCCUGUUUUAUUGAUUAGCUGCAAGAAAAUCCUUAAAGAUUAGCAUCAAAUGUUGUGUGGAGAACACUGUGUAAUUUCUUGCGCUAAAUGCUCCUUUGAAAUUAUAUGGUUUUUAAAAAGGAAAACAAAUCUCUACAAAUAAUCAGAAACAAGGUCAAGACUGAAACAAAAAAAUAACUUAAGCAAUUGCUUUGAACCAUUUUGAAAGAGUAAAAGAAAAAUUAAUCUCAGAAGAAAAGUAUGAAUAAAUGAGGGGUUGACUUUUGUUUAGUGUAGCCUAACUUUGCCGUCAGAGUGAACUAACGAACCCUCCGCCACUGGCGUUUGAGCUGUGCUCUUCUAACAAGCUCAGAAGGUCUCCUUCCUUUAUGCCUUUCAUUUCCAGGACAGUUCAUUACUUCAGCGCUCUCCUUCCUAAAUGAGCUCGGCCUCAAAGGAGCUGCCAUUUCUGGAAAGUGUUUGUGUUUUCCUCGUUUUUGAGGUGAAAGUAUUUGUUCGUGCUGCUGAACUGUCCGCCGACAGUCAUCGUACGUGUUCAUCCAACCAUGCUGUCGUUUCUACACAUUUCUAUUUUCGUAUAGGGCAGAGUGUGAAUAAAUUGCCAUUCAGUUUGUGCUGUGCCUCCAAACCUUCUUGGUGCCACUGGAUUAAAACCUGCACAUCCUAAAUAAGAAUGAGAGAUCCGUAACUUUUGAAAGAACUGCGGCUGUGCUGUACCAUCAAUAUAUAAAUAGUAUACAGUGGAUGUAUCAUCACCCUUUAAAGUGUUAAAUUUAUUUUUGUGUUUUUGUAAAGCAAACAAAGAAAGCAUAUGUACUGUAUUUCUGCUGCUUCAUGAAAACUUGGUAUAUUUUACAAUAAAAGUUCACCUGUUCCUCCGACUCCUGCUCAUUAAUUAUCAGACGGUGCAAUUUCAAAGUAAUUUUAUUAGUUUAUUUAGAUACAUGAAACUCACUAAACUAAUGAAACAUCUUAAUGAAUGAAAUAACUUAAUAGCUUCAAAGAGAAAGAAGGAAAAUUAACAAAAGCUGAGCAUGCACUGAUUAGCUGUUGAUAUGAAAAUAAGAGACAAUCAGAAUAACAAAAAAAAA